AUGUCCGCUUUUCUGCCCACAGAUUACAUGAGCGAAGUGGAGGAGAAACUGAGAUCGAUGGUUCAAAAACCCGACCAGUGCCUUAGAGACUUUGCUUAUGAUUAUCGGGCUUUGUGCUUGAAGUGGAAACCGGACAUCCGAGAGGAGGAGUUGGUCCGACGUAUUCUGAACAAUGUUAACCCCAAGUUUGCGGGGUGCCUCCAUGGAACAGUUACAACGGUCGCGGAGUUAGUGAAAGUGGGAAGCAUGGUGGAAAAAGACUGUACUGGAGCAAAGGAAUACUGGCAAAAAGUGCAAGCCAGCAGUGAGAAGGUCGGUCGCAGACCAGUUGAAAAGAAAACGUUUCCGCCCAAACCCAUGGCAGGCGUGUCGAUUGUCCAACAACCGGGACAAACUGACACCAAACCCGAGCUACUGCUAGUGCCUAUCGCCAUACGUGGGGUCCAAGGGGCGGCUGUCGUCGAUACUGGAACCGUCGGUUCAGCCAAGCCCAUGGGAAAGAGUACAAUCCUCUGUGAGCCUGUAUUAUGCGGUGCGGCCAAAUUCUGCUUUACUGGGGUGGGCUUCACCUCCACUUCAGGAAAUGCCGCACGCUACACCAGUGGUCUAUGA